CCUGUUUCCUCCUAAUGUUAAAGUUGAGAGUUUUCAUGCUGGGGAAAUCAUGAAAUUAGUGGGUCCUGUGAAUGAUGGCAAAAAAUCUUUUUGGCACUACCACACCGAUCCAUUUUAUUUGGGUUUUUCGGAGGUGUGUCUAAGCGCCGGAACGAGGCUGUGACUUAGCUUGGGACAAAGGUGAUCCGGUGUUUGUGCAUGAAUGAUACAUUAACAGUUGUUCAGGAAAAUAGGUUAGAAAAUGGCAAAAAUAAUAGAAUGUGUACCAAAUUUCUCUGAAGGUAUAGAUCAGGCUGUCAUCGAUGCAAUAUCGCACGCAAUUCAAGCGACAGAUGGUUGCUCUCUUUUGGAUGUUGACCCUGGUACAUCUACAAACAGAACUGUUUAUACAUUUGUUGGGCCUCCUGAAGCAGUUGUAACUGGUGCCAUAAAUGGAGCAAAGGCAGCUGCUGGACUGAUAGACAUGCGAAGACACCAAGGUGAGCAUCCAAGGCUAGGAGCGCUAGAUGUGUGUCCUUUUAUUCCUGUUGCCAAUGCAACCAUGGAUGACUGUAUAGAGUGUGCAAACAUGUUUGGCAAACGAGCUUCCGAAGAGUUGGGAAUACCUGUUUAUUUGUAUGGGUUUGCUGCAAAGAGUGACUACAGAAGAGCUGUCCCACAGAUUAGAGCCGGAGAGUAUGAAGGCCUGGCAGAGAAGAUAAAGAAAGACGAAUGGAAACCUGAUUACGGACCAGCCGAGUUUAUUCCUUCUUGGGGUGCCACAAUCGCCGGUGCUCGAAAGUACCUUAUCGCCUACAAUAUCAACGUCCUUGGCACAAAGGAACAAGCACAUAGAAUUGCCUUAAAUCUUAGGGAGAACGGGCGCGGGCCGGACAAGCCGGGAAAGCUGAAGAAAGUGCAAGGCCUGGGUUGGUAUUUACAAGAAGCCAAUCUUGCUCAAAUAUCAUUAAAUCUUCUCGACUUUGAAGAAACUGCCAUUCAUACUGCUUUUGAAGAGGCCAAGAAAGAUCUUGAGGAAAUAAAUAUUGGCAUCUGUGGCUCCGAGGUUGUUGGUUUGGUUCCUUUGAAAUCUAUUUUGAUGGCAGCAGAUUACUACAUGGGGAAGGAAAAUUUGUUCAUCAUGGACGAAAAGCAGAAAGUUAGAUUAGUCAUCGAAAGACUAGGGCUAUCAUCAAUCAAGCCAUUUAUUCCCGAGCAAAGAAUCAUUGAGUUCAUGGUUGGCACAGAAAAAAGCAGUCCAUUGGCAUCAUCAAGCUUACGCCAGUUUAUAUACGCACUCGGCAGUAGAAGUUCAGCACCAGGUGGAGGCUCUGCUGCAGCUGCGAUUGCUGCCAUGGGUUCUGCACUCGGGCUUAUGGUUGGUUGGAUGUCCUAUGGCAACAGAAAAUUUGAGCAUCUUGAUGCUACAAUGCGUCAGUUAAUUCCACCCUUGCAGAAGACAAUGCUUGAGCUUGUGCCAAUGAUCGAUGCCGACACAAAUGCCUUCAACGAAUACAUGGCUGCGCUGAAAAUGUCCCACAAAACACCUGAAGAAACAGAAAGACGCGAGGCUGCGAUGCAAGGAGGUUUGAAGACGGCCAUCUCAGUGCCGCUGAAAGUAAUGCAGACGGCCAAUCAGUGUUGGGAAACUAUGGUGAAAAUGGCAGAAGUUGGCAAUAUAGCAACGAUUUCGGAUAUACAGGUUGGAGCAAAAGGAUUAGAAACAGGUGUCUUUGGUGCGUAUUGCAAUGUUAUGAUCAAUCUAAAGGAGAUAAAAGACGAGAGCUAUUUGUGUACGGUAAAAACGGAAGCGGAAAGUGGCUUAAAGCUUGCUAAAUCGAAAUUGGAUGAAGUCUUGAAAGUUUGUGAAGAGAGGCAGUCUGCUGGAAAGUAGUUUAAUGAUUUUGAUAACAACGAGUGUCUAGAAAACUAACCUGUAGAUGGAAAUUGAUUUGCAGAAUGACUGACAACAAGUGCAUCAGCCAUAAGCCAACAAUGGAAAUUUCGGUUUCAAGCAAAGAGAUAGGAAUAUUUUUGCCUCCAUGGUUUCAAGCUGGAAUUGGUUUGUGGGUAGGGUUACUGAAAGGGGGAGGGGCAAUAAACUGUCAUCGUGAAUAGUACGUGCAAUAUUAGGUAACUUGGUAGGUAACUUGUGACCCGAAUUUGAAGGAUCCCCUUGGAGAAAGUAUAAGUCAAAAUUGAUCUUAAAACUCGGCAGGCUACUCUUUACACAAAAUCUUGAGAUUAGUCUCUACACAACUGACUUCAGUAUUGUGGCAGUUUGUUAUUUGAAUUAUCAACGCUUACAGACUAAUAUGAGCAAAAAAUUAGCCGGCAACACUUGAUUUGAGUGAAUUGACAGUUGUUUCCUCCCUGAGAUAUUCUGCCACAAGAUGUUUUGUCUAAAAUAACAUAGCUUUCUUAUCCACGUUUUGAAACAAGUGACAACAACAUCCUUGAAUAUAUAUAAGAUACAACAAAAAGUGCGAGAAGACGCAUUUGUAUAGAAAAGGCAUAUGCCGCUCUGCCACCUUGAUACAAUCAAACAUCGUAGUAUCUAUAGAAGAUUAGGUGGAAAUAUACCUAUCAUUAUUGCUAUUAUUUUAAAGCUGUUUUGGCUGCUCGUCUGAUUACGAUCAUUAUUAGAGAAUUUUGUAAGAAAUUUUCAUGUCCAGCAUUUGCAUUAGAGCAUUGUAAUGGACCUUUCCAUUUUACAGUUCUCUAAAGCUUCAAAAGUCUUUUUUGAAUUAAUGGUUAAGUUUCAGAAUAUUUAUUGAAGAAGAAGCGUUUUAGAUGUAGUAUUUUAAGAGUAAUACAAUAAAUGAAUAAAGAAA